AUGGACAAUUGGAGAAUGGAGAAUGGCACGGCAAAACACAAUCGCCUUGCUAGUCGGCCAGAUUCUGGACAGCUGGCAGCGAUCAUUACUGCAGAGCGUCGCGACAUCAAGGGCAGAAAGGAGGUGGCGAGUGCUCUCGUGCACCUCGAGAGAUUUUCUCUGCCGCCCAUGCUGUGCGCUUCAAGCGACCUCGUGGCAUUAUCAACAGGCUGGUCCACCCAGGGAAGCCAAGGUGUCCAAUGCAAGCUUCUGCUCCCGAAGUUCAAGGGUUCACGGCGUUUCCUCUUUUGA